CUAUGUUCCAUAUGGCAUUAAAUAAAAUAUUACUUGAUCGGAUAUUUUCUCCAUUGCGAUAUUGAGUAAUGAAAUAUAAUUGACUUUGUGCAUGCACAUUAAGAAAAUGGAUUUUAAAAAUAUCUUAUUAUAACUUUCCUGCUUGUGUGUGUACUUUAUACAGUUAUUUUAUUUAACUGAGUGAAAAUAAACAAUUUAAAAUUGUUUAACAAAAUACAAACUUUGCUUCGUCAAUUAACUAUGGAAACCCUUUGUUCCUCUUUUGGGUGUGUGAUUCCAGGACCAGUUUCUUCGUGUGAGACUUCAGGAACCAGUCGACUUCAAAAUAGUAAUGUACUUAAUACAUUUACACUGGACAGUUUAAAACCACUACCACAAGGAUAUUGUCGGAAUGACGAGUUUGACAGUUCAGCGUCUACCUAUAUUCCAAGUGACAGUGAUGCCACCCCGCUGACCACCCCAGAAACACCUCUCAGUUCACAGUUAAUGGAUAGAACUCGUUUUAUUUUUCCGCCAGACGAAAAUCAGUUAAAUGAAUUAACCUCAAAUUCAGACGAUUAUAAAAUGCAAAGAAGUCAUCAAAAAUAUUCACAUAGGAGGCGGAAUAGUGCUUUACCAACUAAAGACACUUUAAAGAAACGAAGACUAGCAGCAAAUGCCAGAGAAAGAAGAAGGAUGGAAAGUUUGAACGUUGCGUUCGAUCAUCUGCGUAACGUAAUCCCCUCUAUCGGUGACGAUCAAAAACUUUCAAAGUAUGAAACUCUUCAGAUGGCCCAAAGUUACAUUGGAGCCCUAAAGGAUCUACUGGGAUGAAAACUACCUGAGAAGUUUCAAUUCUAAUGCUUCAGCGGGUUUCAAUGAUGCUACCGCCAAGAGCAAAGUGACUAUAGAAAGUGUAAGUAGGGAAAUCCACUGCUAGUAAAAUCCCUAAUUAUACCAGGUGGCCAACGGCUUCUGUUCAUUUGCAUUUUUAUUCAAGGAUUAAAAUUACAAAAGUGAACUUAAUUGGUAGUGUGGUUAUGUUCAGUUAUGAAAAUUAAUUUAUUAAAGUCUUCCACGGAUUCGUCGGAAAUACUCUGUUCUCAUAUUUAUGUUAUUAUAUCUGUUAAUUUUAUAAAUGUUCUAAA